AUGGCAACGUUAGGUUCUCUCAAGCGCUGUCUGAGGCAGCAGGCCGCAACUCAUGGAUCAGUAGCACCCCAGCCCUUAUCUGAUGCACAAUACAGCGCCGGCUUUAGUUUCUUCGAACCAGGCUGUAGAUGUACGGCAUACCGAGACUUCAUUCUCCCUCAACUAUGUCGGCUCCUGAACCCAAUUAUCCACUCGCGUUUGGGCAUCUCGGUUCUAGAGAUUGGACCUGGACCGAGGAGCGUGCUUGGAGACUUGCCCCGUGAUGUGAAGCGGAAGAUCAAACGAUACACCGCUUUUGAGCCAAACGGCCUGUUUGCGUCGAAAUUAGAAGAAAGUUUUCUAUCAACCGAGGAGGCUGUCUUACCAUUUCUUGAGACGGGCCCCGACAUCAGGCAGACCCCAUUCAAUCCUGAAAACUCCCUCAGGUCCCUGAGCGACAACAAGUUUGACGUUGUUCUGUUCUGUCACAGCAUGUAUGGCAUGAACCCAAAAGACGACUACAUCUGUGCCGCACUCACCCUUCUCGACGAACAUGUAGCAAACGAUGGCCCGCUGGGCCUCGCUUGUCUGGUCCCUCAUCAAACCGCCAACUUCCCAACGGGCAUAGUUCGCGUGGCUGACACCGAUGAUGCCCUCGACUCUUUCGCCUCGUUCAUUGCAGGUUUUGUACCACAGUCCGACAAAGUUCUACAAGAAUGGCGGGAAAAUUGCCGCACCGUCGGCCGCCGCGACAUCGACGACCUCGUCUUCGCUGCGCCUGAUGUCAUGAUGACCUUCUCACGACACUCAACCACGCUGCACGAUUUGACUUCACAGCUGCCGCAAAUUGGCGAGGUCAUGCAUGUCAAGAACAGGGAAGCUCGUCUCCAUUGUCCUGCCUCUAUAGUCAGACCAGGACACAUCCAGCAAGUUCAGGAGUGCGUUCGAUGGGCUUUGGAGCACCGCAUGGCGUUGACAGUCGUGGGUGGUGGACACAGCGGUCAUUGCCUCUGGCCUGAUAUUGUCGCCAUUGACAUGAGCGCCUUCAAUCAGGUCGACGUUGUUACAGGGGAAGCCAGAAGCCUGGUCAUUGCCGGUGCCGGUAGUAAGAUGGGAGACAUCAUCCGCGAGACCAUGGCAAAGGGGCUCACUGUGCCUUUGGGAUCUCGGCCAAGUGUUGGAGCAGGCUUGUGGCUUCAAGGCGGUAUCGGGCACCUGUCCAGACUUCACGGGCUCGCUUGUGACGCUAUCGUCGGUGCGCUUGUCGUCAGCGUCAACUCGGCAAAGAUUCAAUGCAUCGGACAUGUACCUGCGCAACACCAGCCAACUGGAGCGGGAACGAACUUUGGCAUCGUCAUCAGCGUCAUCUUGGCGGCACAGCCAGCCUCAGCGUUCUUGGUCAGGAACUGGGUCAUACCGCUGCAUGACGGCGAUGAGGCGCAACGCAGGCUUGCCGAGUUCGACCGGGAUAUUGCCAGUCAACUUUCCCGGCACAGUUCUGCUGACGCGUAUCUAUACUGGGACACUGGAAAACUCCAUCUCGGCGUGACCAUGUACGAAGCUUCGACUGCUGGGGAAGUGACUAGAACUCCCAUGCCUGUUUCUACACCCAUGGCCACGAUUCUGGGCCCUGAGCACGACAUCAAGAUCGUGGACAGCGUCGGUCUCUUUGAGACUGAGAUGUAUAUGUCAGGUAUGCAUGGCGGCCACGCUGGAGGCAAGACAUCUUCGUUCAAACGGUGCCUAUUCCUCAAGGAUAUCGGAAGGGCCGUGGUCGCAAACGCGCUAGCAUCAGCCGUUCGAACUCGCCCCUCUCCGCUCAGUUACCUUCACCUCCUCCAAGGCGGCGGAGCAAUCCACCAUGUGCCGGUAUCAGCCACCGCCUUUGGCUGCCGUGACUGGGACCUCGCCUGCGUUAUCACCGGCGUCUGGCCUCGCGAGGAAGACAAAUCUGUUGCUGCCCGGGUGGCUGUGGUGUGGGUCUACGCCGUCGCCAAGACUUUGCUACCGCUUAGUACCGGAGUUUAUGGUGCCGACCUUGGACCGGAUCCCCGAGAUGCAGUACUGGCAGCUAGAGCCUUUGGUUCAAAUCGUCCUCGUCUAGCCCGCCUCAAAUGUCUCGCAGAUCCGCGUUGUGUACUUGCUUACACCUGUCCUCUUCCACCGAAACCAAAGGAACCAGGCCUCAUCAUCUUGGUUACUGGAAACAGCUGUGUCGGCAAAGACUACUGCGCUGAGAUCUGGGCUGAUGUCUUCAACCGAUGUGGCAAAACGGCGCGGGUUGCCAGCAUAAGCGAUACCGUGAAGCGGGACUUCGCGGCUGCUGCGGGUGUGGACUUGGACCGAUUGCUCAGCGAGCGAGAGUACAAAGAGAAGCACCGGCCGGGCUUGACGGCGUUCUUCCAUGACCGAUUGCGUGAAACCCCUCAUCUGCCAGUGGAUAACUUCCUAGAUGUUGUUUACGGCGCUGCUAGUGCGGAUGUACUGCUCAUUACAGGUAUGAGGGAUGAAUCACCGGUCGCAACUUUGGGCCAUCUCGUGCCGACUAGCAGACUUAUUGAGGUUCGGGUCGCCGCCGGAUGUGGUGUCAAACAACUUCGGCAGGGAUUCCGCAAUGACAUAGAAGACUGCGAUGGCUCUCGAAGGGAAAAUGGCAAGCGGUCAACGCGUGUCAGGAACUACAGGCCCAACUUGUCUUUCCACAACGACAUCGCGGGAGGUGACAAUGCGAGAGCCUUCGCAGAAAUUCGUCUGCUUCCAUUCGUACAUCAAGACCUGAAACGGCUAGGCGAUAUGGUGCGUAUCAUACCAGACUUUCCAAGUCCAGGCAUCGACUUCCGCCACAUCAUCAAUAUUGCCCAGACACCGGGUGGUCUGGCAUUGUGCACCUCACUAUUUCAGUCUCACUUCACGGGAACCUGGUCAGAUAUCGAUGCCAUUAUCAGCUGCGAGGCGGGCGGCUUCAUAUUUGCGUCAGCAUUAGCGUUGCAGGCCGGUCUGCCGUUGGCCCCGAUUCGAGAGGCCGGUAAGCUGCCGUCGCCUGUUGUUUCCGUCGCUAAGUCUGUGUCUCACAUCUCAUCGGGGCUGAACGUACUAGGAGGAAGAAGAGUUGAGAUGGAUCAAGAUGUUAUUCGGAGUGCAACGUCAGUUGUGGUUAUAGAUGACGUGUUCGCGUCUGGGGAAACAGUGUGCGCGGUUUUGGAGCUGCUAAAAAAAGCAGGACUAAAGGCUGAGAGGACCAGUGUGAUGACGGUGGCUGAGUUCCCGUGCCAUCGUGGCAGGCAAAUGUUGCGCAGUCGUGGGUUCGAACGAGUCAGUGUUCAGAGCCUCUUGAUUUAUGAAGGGCUCUGA